AUGAACUUGGAGAGCAUGGCUCAGCUUAACCGUCAACAGUCGCCUACAUCCACUAUACCCGACGACAUCAACAUCGCCCAUACCCCGCGAAAGCUACCCCACGAGCCCGUCGUCUCCCCAGGCAGGGCGAACAUCACCAGCCCAUCGCGCGGCAUCCUCGAGCAGGUACUUGAGUUCAAUCGUAACUUCCAGCCCGACGAGCCUGGCGAUACCAUACCCAACACCUACAACCCCGAGGAAUACGUACAAAGCGCUACCGAGGUGGCUACUCCAAGCGUUGGGAACACUCCAGAUCUGAGCGCUGCUGAUCGGGCUGUACAGGACGGGAAGGACAUGAUUGACGCAAUGAAGCGCAUCACCUCGGAGAUCCAACAGCAAUCGACUAGCUCACCUGAGCGGCAGACAUAUGGCACCGUUCCCACCCAGCUCUUGCCGAAGAACGCUACUGCAGGACCACAGGAACAGCUGCAAACCCUCCUCCAAUCGGCUCCACCACAAGGUCUCCAGAAGCUUGUCUCCUACCUUGCCCCUCUCCAUAAUCUGCUGAACUCAAUACCCAAUGUAGCCAAAACCAUGCAGGAACUUGGUAGCCGCCUAGACUUGCUGGAGAAUGGAUCUUUCAACUACGUUCAGCCGGAAGAUCUUAACAACACCUUGGAGAUGUACGAGGGUAGGCUAAUCGACGUGGAGCAUCGCAUGGAUGAGCAUGAACGCAUGCAUGAAGCUAUGGACGAGCAAAGUAGCACCAGCUCCUUUAGCCGAGGGCGCAUCGACAACGCCACCACGUCGUUUGGCUCCAAUCACUCUGUUGAUUCCAGCACUUCCUCCGCCCUUAUCCUCGCGGCCAUGGACCGCAAAGAUACCGAGAUGGAGCUCGAUAACAUCAAAGAGCGAUUGGACGUACUUGAAGCUGCGGCGCCGCCCACAUCCUUGCAACCUUGGGAAGUGGAAGUUGUCCUACUACCAUGGGGUCCGGACUUGAAAGGCAUCUGGUUCUCGCCUGAUGAACCCAUGCAUGACAUAGCGAAGACGACAACCCAGAACUCUGAAGAGUGGACCCAAGCUCAUACCUUGAAGACUAUAAAGAGCCUGCCAUUCCUGGGGCGAGACUCAGAUUCAAGCCCAUACCCUGGUGCUCGCAACUCGGUCAGAGGAUCUAUACCUAGCCAGGCCGAUAACGGUUGGAGUAGCCAAGACAUCAGUAACUGGGCCUCAGGAUCUACCGAUGACUGGCUGUUUCCGAAAGCCUGUGGUAGCAACAAUCUGGUCUACAAGCGCCUCCAAAGCAGAGGUUUUGUCCGGGACGUUACGUUCAAAGGUUCCAGCGCCAAAGAUAUUCAAGAAGCCUUGUCACAUGCAUUUUCUGAUGUCUUCGAUUACCUGCAGUACGACGACAGCGACGAAAACCCUAUGAUCUCUGCCUACCCAGGUCUUCGAGCGCCCUACAUACCACUUCGAAAAGUACUCAAGGAGUCGCGACUACGUUUUCUUACGCCCGCCGAGAUGUCCAGCAGUGCGCUCUGGAAUGCUCAGUUUCUCUCAGCCGGUGUCAUGAUGAGAGUUUCCGGUGGAAAGAAAAGGCUUUACGUCACCGUCCGCGAAGCCUAUACCCAACAAGUUGAUCGCAAUGAGUUCGUUGUCAUGGAACAGUCAUGGCCUGAGCUGCGCCAAUUACCUCGCUAUCAACCCGACCAAGACUCGCAGAUGGAGGGCAACGACGAACAGUGCCAAGCGCAUGUCCCUGAAGCGGAUGCAAAAGAAGCAUGUUGGCAGUUCGUCGAGACAUACGAUGCUCCGCCUGCUAGUGUGCAUUCGUCCUUCGGAAGCAAUCAGUCCGUCCAGCUCUCCAUGCGCCCUGCUGGUCGAAAUUGGCGACGGUCAAUCACUCCCAACUCGAUACUGAAGAACAAGCAACCCCAGCCCAUCUCUCCACUAAGCGAGAAUCAUCCGCAACGUCCACUCUACUAUCGCAACCGAACGGUAUCUGCUUCAGUUGUCGAUACCGUCACACCUCGUCAAUCGAAACGCCGCUUCAACCCAUCUAUCGUUGAGCAAUCCUCUGCCCCACAGCCGAUCUCACGUGCACCCAGCCUACCAUCCGUGAGGCUGAAGCGCCGUCGCGUAACGAACUCCUCUUCCCCACGACCCGAGGAAGCACACGUCACGAUAUGGAACGCAACCCCUCGGCAAUCACGAGAGCCGCCUUCGCCUUUCUACUCCUCCCAACCUGCACUACCACGCUCGAACUCAGACGUCAUGAGCAGACCGAGCCAGCGGUCCGUCGCCAUAGCAGGUAAAUCAACGCCUUUCGCCUACGCGACACCGCACUCAGGACCCUUCCCGGCUGGCCCUGGUUUCAACGCGUACAACAACGGCGGCGAUACCGAACCAGACGAUGACGACGACGCUCACGAUAACGAUGACGGGGAAAAGAGCUGGCGUGGCGUCACCGAUGACGACAACGACCAUGACAACGAUAGCGCUUCAAGCUCAGUCCUAGACGCCGAAACGGGUGCGCAAGAGGGAGCUAGUUUUUCGGGCGAUGACAGCGGGUUUGGCAGUGACAACGGGGAGGAUAGUGAUGCGCCGUCGGAAGACGAGGGGGAAGUGUAUGCGCAGCGUCAACAUGGUGAAGAGGACGAAGAUGAAGAUGACGAGGAUGUUUUUGACUCCUUGCUUAGUAUCAUCGAGGCUUGA